UUGAGCUCAGGACAGACUGAAGGACAAACAAGCAGGAAGGAGAAGACAAUUAUAGUAGCGUGGAGUUUUUUCCAGAAAAAUAAGUGGAUAUUAAAGCAUAUUGCAUACUGCCUGCCUGAAGAAAAAUGUUUGCGUCUCCGGCUGCUUUGGCUGCUCGACGGGUGCUUGCGGCUGCGUCAGCUUCGAGCCACGAGGGAGGAGCAAAGACCUGGAAGAUACUGACCUUUGUUUUGGCCUUACCUGGUGUCGGUGUCUGCAUUGCCAACGCCUACCUGAAGAUGCAGGCACACUCCCACGAUCAGCCACAAUUUGUACCGUAUCCUCACCUGCGUAUCCGCACCAAGAAAUUCCCCUGGGGAGAUGGAAACCACUCUCUGUUCCACAACCAUCACACCAAUGCUCUGCCUGGUGGCUUCGAGGACUCCCACCACUGAGAGCAUCAGCCACUUUCCUCAGCUGUGUGUUGCUGCUUGUAUAAAACUGCAGUCUGCAGUGUACUUGGCUUAAGUGUAUCGACCAAGGGGCCACCUAGACAUGAAUAAAACCACU